AUUUGACUUAAUUGCAGCCUAAUUUCCUUCAGACCUGGUAUGGUUUCUUCCCAAGUUUUAAUCUGUGGUUCCAGUUUGAUUUCUGAGCAGUUUAGCUCUGACCUUUCCAGACUGACUACAUACGGUGGAUGAACCUUAUCAAACAAGCGUGGAGUUGCUGGGGUCCCUUUUCAGUGGAACGUACCGACGGAGGUCACGCUGUCCUUACACUCACCAUUGUCAACUAUCCCAUCUCCUUUCUCACAGACCAAAAGGUGAAAGAUUUCCUGCACGCUGUUUAUGCCACACUACCCAACUGCAGCCAAGGUGCUGAGAUAGAGCUGGCCUGCAGCCUUUUCGUGCAAGUGGGAACACUGCUGUCCCCCUGCUUCGUGGAGCAGGUCUUGAGGUGGGCCAACAGCAGCCUGGAGCCAGCCAACCUCAGUGGGCUCAACGGCACUGCCAUCCUAGCCAAGGACGAGGCCUCCAGACACACAGCAGGGCAGGGUGCGGCCUGGGCGCAGCUGGCGCUGGUCAGCACCAUGACCUUCCAGGGCACGUGGCGGAAGAGGUUCUACCCCACGGAUACGCAGCUCCUGCCCUUCACCUGUGCCCACGGCCUGGUCCUCCAGGUCCCCACGAUGCACCAGAUGGCCGAGGUCAACUACGGUCAGUUCCAGGAUGCCGCUGGCCAUCAGGUGGGGGUUCUGGAGCUACCUUACCUGGGAAGUGCGGGGAAUCUGUUCCUGCUGCUGCCCCGUGACAAAGAUGUCCCCCUGGGCCACAUUGAGCCACACCUCACAGCCAGAACCAUCCUCCUCUGGACCAGCAGCCUGCGGAGAGCCAGGAUGGAUGUGUUCCUCCCCAGAUUUAGGAUCCAAAAUCAAUUCAACUUAAAAAGCAUUUUAAAUUCUUGGGGCAUCACUGACCUUUUCGAUCCACUCAAAGCCAACUUGAAAGGAAUUUCAGGCCAAGAUGGCUUUUAUGUCUCUGAGGCUAUCCACAAGGCCAAGGUUGAGGUUUCAGAGGAAGGCACCAAGGCAUCUGCAGCUACAGCUCUGUUGUUACUGAAAAGAUCUCGGAUUCCUAUUUUUAAAGCAGAUCGGCCGUUCAUCUUUCUCCUGAGAGAGCCCAACACAGUGUACCUUAGCAACAAGGGGUCCAACUCUGUCCACUACGGGCUGAAACAAGAGUGACUUCUGGCUGUUUCUAUGGUGCUUCUGAAGCUUCCCAGCUGCUGGGUCUUGAGAAAGGACUAUCUCAUAAUUAAAAAGAAACAAUUAUCCUCCAUCCUUUUUGCCUUUUGAUCUCGGCACAUCUGAGGUUUCGUUCUACUUCUGGAAAGACUUAGAAAAACUGUUAAAAGUAAAAUAAAUGGUAUUCCCCCCCUCCCCCAGUGGGUCCCUGUCUUUAGUGUCAUUUGGAAGUCAGCUUCCUCUAGACACUAGAGUGGAAGAGGGUGGGGACUCUGCUACUGCAGUUAAGGCACCUGGAUUUCUAUUCUGCUCCUCUCAGCCUUCUCAAAAAUCAAAUCUUUAAGUCACACUAUACAAGCUUAUUCAAAGGUAUGGUACAGGCAAGGACCCAGUACAUCACAAGGACAGCAGAUGUCCUUAAUUUUCAACACAACAUUGAACAAAGUCUUUUUUAAUUUCUUUCAAUGUUCCUCCUCCCCCUUUGACAAUUAUUUAUCAGCCUAGGAAGGAAAAGAGAUUCUCAGUAAAUAGUUGUUGGCAAGUCUAAACAGCGUAUGAAAAAGCAAUAGGAUGAAACAAGACUAAUAAAAUCAAGCAAAGGUGGAUCUACUUUAACUAAACAUCAGGCAUUACUUUUAUUUAUGAAGAGAAAAAAUGUCAAAAGUUAGAAUAAUGAAAAGUAUGCAUAGUUUUACACAAAUUAAGGAAAUACUGUCAACAUCAUUUUAUCUGAGAAUCAUUUGCAUACUGCUGUAACUUUCGCUAGAAAUCAAAGGAACAUUUUUAUGACAAAAAGGAUGAAAAUCAUUUACUAGAAAAUAAUCUAUUUGAGCAUUACUGGGGGAGAAAAAAGUCCAUCAACACAGAAUGUAUGCUAGUAUUUCACCAUGAUCAUCCCAACCCACAUUCAUUAGAUGAAAAUGUUGCUUAUCACUCAGAACAGGCAGCAAGGAGCCCUCUUUUAGGAAAGGUAUAUGUCAAAAAAAUGAAAGAUGAAAAAAACAAUAGGUCCUAUUCCCUCAAGAAAUAAAAAGAGAACUAAACUUGAACAGAAAGGUCAUUGCCAGAAGCUGAUAGUCAAUAAAGAUUGAUAAUAGCUAAAAAGAAAGAUUCUGAUUUUGGAAUUCAACUGCAUGAAAAUGAUGAAAAUCCUUGAGCAAGGAAAAGACACACCACUAUUUCAAUGGUAUGAGUUUUGAGAACUGCCUUAGUAAUCAGAACGAAAACGUAAGGGUAAUCCAAAACCAGUUCCACAAUCUGCCGCAACUGAAGCUUUAGUUCUCAUGAAUUUAUUCUCACCUCUUUCUGGGAAGCGUUUAGUUCUUAGUUCUCAUGAAUUUAUUCACCUCUUUCUGGGAAGCGUUUGCCCACAUCACACAGCGAAGCGGCUACUCCUCUGGUGACAGUUAUUUAAGAGAUUAGAGAUGAGUUUCAGCCUUCAAAGAGUGACUGUAAUGAGGCCAACAAAUGAGACACGGGGAACAUUAAGAAAGUGAUCUAAAAACCUCAAGAUUAAACUUUGGGAGAGAAUCAUUUCUCCAGCCUAAAGUCAGUGGUCUAUAGGCCCAAAAAGAUGUAUUCCACCCCGUGACCACAGAUGAGAAUUCUAUGGUUAAGUAUUUCACUAAUGUAACUAAUAUGCACGGUUUUUAAAAAUGCAAAUAAAAGAAAAAACAUUGAGGGAGAUGGGAUAUAUUAACUUUUAGUCUUGAUGAGUUUCAAAUCUCAUGACUAAGUUUUGAGAUGGGGGGUAAAAAGUUUAGUGGCAGAGAAAAGACAAAGGAUAGGGAAAGAGGAGCGGGAACAAACUGCUACUUCCCAACUCCUCUGGAUGAUGUAUUAAAAGAUCAAGCGUCUAAAGGACGUCUAAAGGAUUUUUAACUCGUGAGCAGCCUGUGAAAUGGAAGAAAGAACUUUCUGGUAAGGAGAGCUGCUAAGCACUGGGAUGGCCUGAACACUUGUUAAGUAUGAAUUUUUUAUCUGAUGACUCUAAACCCUCUUACCAAUCUCACAAUCUAUAUAUAUAAUUCAAGGACAGUAUGUUCUGGAUUUGUGUAACUCUUGUUGAAUUUAGCAGUGUGACUAUAGAGUUACUUAACAAUUCCCUGUAUUAAAUGAUACCCUACUUGAAACACAUUUUUGUAGAGAUAAGCAAGUUUUAAAGAAUUGCGUAUGAAAAUACUAUGUAAUGUUACAUUAAAAGCUUCUUUUUCUUGACAGGGUUUGUCUUCAGUAUUGGGAGAGUUUCGAAUCCCCUGGAUUGAGUCACCAGAUCUCAAGCUCGCUCUCCACUUUCUGCUUCUCUUCACAGUUCUAACUUCAUUUUGCUACACUCUUAAAAUUUGAAAACUGUAAAACAUAAGGUAUAUGAUUUUUCAACAUGACUUCUAUUUUAUUAAGUUUGUGCUGCCCUCUCUUAAUCCGAAUCUGUUUAACUUUCUUUUCUACUGUUACCCACCCCCACCCACUAAAAGGCACAGCAGGGAUGCAGGAAUGUCAGUGAGUCGGGCCACAGGCCCCCUCUCCAUGGGGGGACUGCGGUGGGGAAUGAACAGUGUUUGUUUUUCCUCAUCCUUUGUAACUCAAAGGGGAUGCACAUUCAUCUUAAAUGUUUCCGUCCCAUUCAGCUUCUAAAUAAAAUUGGAAGUUUAUGUUUAAGCUGUGAAGUUUAAGUGUGAGAACAGCAGGGCAAAAAAAGACUCUGGUUCACCUCAAUUUGUUCCAGCUUUUGUAGGCCUGGUAUCUGGUAUCGAGCUGCUAACAGACAUUUCAGAGUACACUUACCACUCCCUAGCAGCUUCAGUUUAGUGCCAUCCACAGUCUUAGUGAGAAAGGAAAAGGGGUUGAGGGAAACCAAUAAUGUCCAAAGUUGUCUGCUUUUU